AUGCGCUCUGGAUCCCAUAUAUCCCGUGCUCUGCGGGCAGGUGUGUCAGCCCAGUCCUUCCUUCAUUGCUUUACACUGACUAGCUCUGCUUUUAAUCUUCAAGUUGCCACUCCUGGGGGGAAAUCAAUUGACUUUGUGGAUGUGAAUGAAAGCAACAUGCGUUGGAUACAGGACUUCCGUAUGAAAUCAUAUGCAAACCCUGCCAAAUUGGAGUCAAUUGAUGGUGCUAGAUAUCACGCGUUGUUGAUUCCUAACUGUCCUGGGGCUAUGACGGACCUUGCAAACAGUGGAUACCUGGCUAGGAUAUUGCAGCACUUCAGCACUGAGAACAAACCUAUCUGUGCGGUUGGACAUGGAGUUGCAGCUUUGUGUUGUGCCACCAAUGAGGAUAAAUCCUGGGCGUUUCAGGAAUACAGUCUGACAGGGCCUUCUGUGUAUGAACUAAUAAGGCAGCCUAAUUUUGCCAGUUUGUCCAUUAUUGUGGAGGAUUUUGUGAAAGAUGCUGGAGCUACGUUUAGUGCCAGCAAGCCGGAUGCUGUACAUGUCGUGCUGGACAGGCACCUGGUGACAGGGCAGAAUGAGAAUUCCACUGUUCUGUCGGUCCAGAACCUAAUUCUUCUUUGCAAUAGCAGCAGGAAAUGAAAGAGCAGGUCUCUUUGCAGCUAGGAUGGAUGAAGAGUCAGCAGGCUAAGGAUGUUGUCUGUUAACUGCAUAGAAACAUCUCUCUAAAUUUCUGGCCUGGCCUAUGAAAUGACUGUGACAGUGAAGUGGCAAUGUCAGGUUUUGCAUGUAUAGAAUGGAUGAAGGUUGUGAAUAAGAAAACUUUGAAGUGCACCACGCUUCAGAUGUGAUUAUGAAACCAUCUUGUAUUUUUGUUACUACUUUUUUUUUUUUUUCACUGCAUCUCUCUCUACACCCUUAAAGCUUCAAGUGCUGUCUGUGAAUCAUUUGGAGUUUGCAGAUCAAAUAUCAAGAUACACACUUAAUAUGUCAUUGACGUACAAUUUGAGGUCUGUUCUUACCCAGCUUUUGAGGAGUCACAGAGUUACUAUCUGACUCUAUUUCUGUCUUGAACAUUUGGAUAUGCUUGCGAUAUGAUGGAAAAUGCAUGGUAAACUCUGUCUGAAUAAAGCAGAACUAACUGUUUGAAGGCAGUUCACUGUAGUGAUGCUCUUGGCAUAAUGUGUUUUCUUCCUUGCCUAUUCACAUUAAUGGACUUCUAUUUAAAAAACGUUAUGUUUGCUCAACUGAUUUUAAAUGGUCUUCUAAUUGCUUA